CUUCCGCAAGAUCAGAUUUUUGUUUUCUGUAAUUUAUAGAAAAAGUAAAGUGACUUAUGUAGGUUUUUAAGAAAGUUGAUAACUUAUUACAAUAAAAAGAUUAUGUAGUCAAUAAUAAAAUUAUAAUUAUAGCCAUGGUAGAUCAUAUGACGAAAAUAACUUAAUAAUGGAAAAUGGAUCGAUCUUAUUGAUAAUUUCAAAUCCUAAAUAAGAAAAUUUUAAGUAGUGAAGGGUUAAAUCAUAUUAAAUGGCAAAUAUAAAAUUGGUAAAUAAAAUGAUAUAUCGGAUGUCAAGGAAUUACAAAAUUACCAAUUGAAAAUAAUGUUUUAACAAAAUUAUAUCUUGAUAAUUUACUUAGAGGUGGAAGGUUAUUUUACCAAUAAGUGUAACAAAAUGGUG